CCACCACAAACAAACACUCACUCACUCACCUUCAAAUUCUGCUUCAUCCUUUUCCCUCACAAACCACCAUAAUGCAAUCUCAUAACAAUAUCAUCACAAUACUAUAGAAAAAACGAGAAUAAUCAAAUCCAUUCAAUUCGAAAUCUAUAUAGGUUUUUCACAUUUAAUUUCUGCUAUGAUUCUAAAUAUAUCAACACCUUCAUUCUCUCGCAUACUUCCUCACCCUUCUUCUUCUUUCAAACUCUCUGAAACUUAUUCCAACCGCAACAACGCUUCUUAUCCUGUUUUCAUUUUCACAAAACCAUUGAAAUUCAUCAACCUCAAAGCUUCCAUAAGCGAAAGCCAAAAUGAAACAUCUAACUCUAACAACUUAUUGGAUCAACAGCUUCUUCUCCGAGUCGCCGCCACCGCCAAAGACGCCGACGAAGCAUUGCAGUUAAUCGCUGACAACUCUUCCACUAACGGUGGUGUUGUUUCUACUUCUGAUUGUUGCUCUAUUAUUUCUGCUGCGCUUGAAAGGAAUAAUCCACAACUUGCUUUGUCUGUUUUUUACUCUAUGCGCUCCACUUUUCAUCAAGUUGGUGAGAGUGGUCCUUUAGUUGAGAGAUGGAAGUGGUCGAGGCCAAAUGCACGUGUUUAUACAUUGUUGAUUCAGGGUUUGGCUGCAUCUUUGAGGGUUUCGGAUGCUCUUAGUGUGGUUAAAUAUAUAUGUGAGGUGGGCGUCUCUCCUUCUGAGGAGGUUCCCUUUGGGAAGAUAGUGAGGUGUCCUACUUGUCGGAUAGCUGUUGCAGUUGCACAGCCACAGCAAGGUAUUCAGAUAGUAUCUUGUGCAAAGUGCCGCUACCAAUAUGAACUUGUUUCAGGAAACAUAGUCAAUAUUCAAUCAGAAGAAAUCAGCAUGGACAUUACAGCAUGGAAAAAGGGGUUAAGAUUCCUGAAACUGAUGAAGCAAAGCAUUCCAUCUGCUGUUCACUCUAUUGUGGUGCAGACGCCUUCUGGUAUGGCUCGUACUCACAGAUUUGCAACUGAGACAGUUGAUCUGCCAGCACAAGAAGGCGAAAGGGUAACUGUUGCCGUGGCAGCUCCAUCAAAUGUAUAUAGAAAGCUGGGCCCCAUUAAAUUAAGUUCAAGAGCCCCGGAUUUAUAUCCUGGUGAAGCUAUGUGCAUAACAAACCACAAAGAUGGACGGGAAUCACGUCUUGUAAGAGCCCCCACAAAAGAUGAAAAUUCAUCAUUACUUAAACCCUCCAUCCUCUUUCCACUUCUUGCUUUGUUUGCCACUGGUGACGCUGCUUCUGGACUUAUUGACCCCAGCCUACCUCAAUUCCUAUCAGUUGUUGCAGUUUCAUCUCUUGCUAUUGGCUCUGCUUUGAACUCCUUUGUUUUUCCCCAGUUUAAUCAGCUUCCGCAAAGAUCGGUGGAAGUAACUGCUAUCAAACAACGUCUUUUAUCUCAAUAUGACAUGCUUCAGUCUCGCAUCAAUGACUUAAAAGAAGCUGCUGAAAAAGAGGUUUGGAUGUUAGCCCGGAUGUGCCAGCUUGAGAAUAAAAUUUCAGCUGUUGGAGAACCUUCUUAUCGGACUCGGAUAAGUAAAGUCAAAAGGGUCCGAGAGAGCCUGCAAAAUUCCCUCCAGGGACGAAUUGAAUUGAUUGCCAGCUAUGCUAGGAUUUCCUCUAUGAUUGAAAUUGAAGUGGAGAUGGAAACUGAUGUUCUUGCUGCUGAAACUACUAGUGAUGUGGAUGGGUUCACAGAACAGAUAGAGCAAAUCAUGGAGCUUGAAAAUUUAGAGGAGAGAUGGAAAAUGCAAGCAGAAGCAAAUGAUGAGGCCGAAAGACUUCUUAGCUCCCAGCCUGUGCCCUUGGACGAAGUUUAAAGAUUUACGGAUGCAUCUGGUUCGCACCACUACAUCAUUAGUUGAAGUCUCACUUCCCCACUCAAUGAUCUGUUCUUGACUGAGCAAAAGAGCAUCUUCCAGUCACCUGUCUUUUAGCAGACAAAUUUUGAAAGUCUAGUAUCUUAGUGCAAUCACCAUCAUCAUAUCUCAAGAAGGAAUGUCUUGUAUAUGAUAUAAAUAGGAGAAUGUGUCAUGUGUGGCUUCUAAUUGCAAAUACUUGUUGCCACUGAAACCCAAUCCUCCUGGCUUUUAAAGUCACAGGUAAAAAUACCAGCAAAUCACGUUGUAAAUCCGCUGUUAACCAUCCUGGUAUUGUUUUUGUUAAGGAUCAUAUUGUAAAUAUAUAUAGUGUGAAUUAACAAUAAUCAAUUAUUCAGAAUGUAUCCAUUGAAUUGUGGAUAUUGUAUA